AUGCUUUAUCUCACCCACGUCCUUCGUCUCCUGUCUAUCCUCUCCGCCCUCUCCGCCCUUUCUGCAGCUCUCCCGUCUCAUCGCCGCCCUUCCACCAAGGAAUCAGACGCGACUCCCCUCCCGCUGGUGAUCUGGCACGGAUUGGGAGAUAGUUAUGCAGCCGAGGGGAUGAAAAAGGUUGCCGCGCUGGCCGAGGAGGUCAACCCGGGCACAUACGUGCACCUCGUUCACCUGGCUGACUCCGACAGCGGCGAUCGUCAGGCCUCCUUCCUGGGGAACUUGACUGAGCAGGUCGCGCGUGUUUGUGAGCAGUUGGCCUCCGAGCCGAUCCUGAGCACGGCGCCGGCUGUCAACGCCCUGGGGUUCUCGCAAGGAGGCCAGUUCCUGCGCGCCUACAUCGAACGAUGCAAUUUCCCGCCCGUUCACAAUUUCGUCACCUUCGGUAGCCAGCACAAUGGCAUCUCGAAAUUCCAAGCCUGCGCCAGCUCCGGGGACUGGGUCUGUCGGGGCGCGGAGGCUCUCCUGCGAUUCGGCACCUGGUCGGACUUUGUACAGUCCCGUUUUGUGCCGGCACAGUACUUCCGCGACCCGGAGGAGCUGGACGCCUAUCUGGAGCACAGUAAUUUCCUGGCGGACAUCAACAACGAGCGCGAGGUCAAGAAUCCGUAUUAUAAAAACAACCUGAUGUCGUUGAACCGGUUCGGGAUGUUCAUGUUCGAGGAUGACACAAUGGCCAUCCCCAAGGAGAGCGCGUGGUUUGCGGAGGUCAACACUACAACUGGCGAGGUCACGCCGCUGAGGGAACGGCAGCUCUACAAGGAAGAUUGGCUGGGCCUGCGGGCUUUGGACGAGCAGGGGAAACUCGACUUUGAAAGUGUUCCGGGGCCACAUAUGCAAUUGACGGACAAGACCUUGGAAAAGGUCUUUCGGGAGUAUUUUGCUCCUGUGCAGGACGAUGACAACACGUUACCCCAGCUGUUGGUCACGCAGGACGUGCACUAG